AUGCGCUUCUCGACUAUUUCGCUCUCCUUCCUCUCCCUCAUCAAUCUCUCAUCAGCAGCUGCAACACCUGUCGAACUCGCUCCUCCUUGUGGUACAACCCUCUACCCAACCAUCCUCCAGCAGAUUUACGAAGACCGCCCCUUCAAGGUCUUUGCCAAUAACCGCAAUUUCUACGUCUCCCAGGAAUUCGACGCAUCCGGUAAUGUCUACAACCGCACAUACCAGAUCGUGGGAUUUGAAAAAAUCCCUCCGGGCUCGUAUGCCUGCCAACUCAAUGUAAAGUUCUCUGCUGGAUAUAAUAUCGCGGCCAGCGGCACUCCUACCCUCAAUGUUAAAACUCUCUUCAAUGGAGAUUCCAAUAAAAUCAAGAGCCCAAAUCACUGGACCUGGAAUAAGUUCUACCGGGGAACUUCGUCCCCUUUUGGCCAGGGUAUUUUCGGCACGACAACUUUGACGCCAGGGAUAUCCUCCGCUAUUAAUAGGUGCCCUACCGGUGGCGGAAACCUUGCAUUUAUGUUUGAGAUUGCGGAUAGGGUUUUGACGGAUGCGAAUGUUCAAUUCAAACAGACGGAUAAAGGUGGUUUGUAUCUCACGUACAACUGCUAA